GGACAUUCAAGAAAAUAAUUUUAAUAUAGUUAGAAUGGACUUUCUUCUUCUUUUGGUCUGGCAUAAUUCCUUACUAUUAGGCAUAGUUGGGCUGCUUUUAGUCGUCUGGGCCAUACAAUCACGGGGGCGAAUAAAAAAGAACAGAAACAAGUUGUUACCGCCGCCGGAGGUGAGGGGUGCAUGGCCUCUGAUUGGACACCUCCGGCUGCUAACCUCCGGGAAGCAACCACUGGCUCGAACGUUGGGAAGGAUGGCCGAUGAAUACGGACCCAUAUUUACAAUCCGGGUCGGGAUGCAGCGGUCGGUCGUCAUCAGCAGUUGGGAAACCGCCAUGGAAAGUUUCUCUGCUAACGACAAGCUCCUUGCCGAUCGCCCCCAUAGUUGUGCCGGAAAGUACAUUGGAUACGAGUAUGCAGUAUUGCCAUUCGCACUUCACGGACCGUUCUGGCGGAGCAUGCGGAAGCUGGUGGUGGUAGAAAUGCUCUCAAACAACACCCUGGACAAACUAAAGCCUGUUUGGAUGUCGGAAUUAGACACCAACCUCAAAGGACUCUUCAGUCGCACAGGAAAGGCGUUGGACAUAAGUGAAUGGUUCGGACGCUUGACGAUGAACAUAGUCGUUAAGCUGCUCGGCGGAAGAACAAACGACCCUAACAAGGAGGCCGCCGCCAUAGACGCCGACGAAGAGGAGACACGUCGAAUGGCUAAAGUGUUUAACGAAAUUAUGCGCCUCACCGGGGAGCUUGCUCCAGGAGAUUCAUUUUACCCGUCUGGGUUGGUUAGGUGGUUGGAUUUUGGCGGAACAAUUGCGUCCAUGAAACGAGCCGCUAAGGAAUUGGAUGGUAUCUUUCAGAAAUGGAUAGAUGAGCAUGUGAAGAGGAGAUCAAACGCUGCUGCCGCCGGUGGCGGUGAGGACGACCGGGACUUUAUUGACGUAUUGCUUUCUGUCAUUGACAGUAAAUUCGAGUCUGUAGGCCAUUCUUACACUCGCGAAACUGUCAUCAAGGCCGCAUUGCAUAGUGUACUAGUAGACGGAGCAGACACGCUGGGCCUGAAUUUGGAAUGGGUAUUGUCCGUAUUACUGAACAACCCACUUGCGUUGAAGAAAGUCCAAGAAGAGAUGGAGACCAUAAUCGGCAGCAAUGAAAGAUGGGUACAGGAUUCUCACAUUGAGCAGAUGGUGUACUUCCAGGCUGCUGUCAAAGAAGCUAUGCGGCUAUACCCAGCAGCCCCUCUUCUAUUCCCGCACAGGGCCACAGAAGAUUGCACCAUCGGCGGGUAUGUCGUUACAAAGGGCACCAUCUUGUACCCCAACGCGUGGAAGAUCCACCGGGACCCACGGGUGUGGCGGGAGCCCGAAAAGUUCUCGCCGGAUAGAUUUCUGGGGCUUGACGAAAGAGAAACGGAUCCGAGCAGGCAUUUUGGGUACAUUCCUUUCGGGAUCGGGAGGCGGUCGUGUCCCGGAAUUUCGUACGCUUUGAAAGUGACACAUCUCGCCAUUGCCCGUUUGAUCCAGGGGUUUAUCAUCACAACUCCGGGGAAUAUGCCGGUGGACAUGUCGGAAGGGCAAGCCAUCACUUUACUUAGAGCAACUCCACUGAAAGUGCAUAUUACUCCUAGACUACCAUCUUCUUUUUAUGAAUAGAAGUAGUUUAGGUUGCCGAAAACUCCAUAAUCCGUGUAUGGCUCCAAAUAAUAUCUCACUCUCUACUAGUUUGGUGUGUCUAAAUUAUGUUGAAGUUACUGUUUUUAUGUCAGUGUACAUUCCCUCAUAAUGGAAGGAGGUGAAUAAAUUGUCCUUUGUUUAUCAUUGUUUAACUAUGGGGUGGUUUUAGAUCAUGAGAAUGAGAAUGGUCAUCAAAAGUCUG